AUGUCUGAACAUGAUGGACAAUGUGCCACAUAUAGCAAAGAGAGUGAGAAUGGAGACAGUACAGAGCAGAAUAGACAAAGCAAUGAGUCUGAGAAUGAGGAGAGUCUUAACAAAGCAUCAGAGGAGGAAAAGAGUAUGGAAAGUGGUGAUAAAAGUGAUAUGCUAAAUGAUGGACCGAGCUGUACCGAUGUGCCACACAAUAAACAAAGUGCCAAACUGUCCAGCACCAGUGAUGCCUCUAUUCCGACUGAUAUCGGAAAAGGGGAAAUAUCUUGGACAGAUGAAGGUGCUCAGUAUCGUGUAUCCUGGACUCUACCUAAAGGAACGGCGACUACAAAGGACUAUGUUGCGUUAUGUUUCAAAGUAGCUUGCUAA